AUGAUUUCAACUUUAAUAUCUUUAUUUUUAACUUACCAAAUAUCUGCUGCUGCAGAUUAUGAAAAUUGCGGGGUAUUGCCAUUAUCAGAUUUUUGUGAGACAAUUACUUGGAAAAAGAAUUAUACUUGUUCUAGUAUUACCCGUAGAUAUAAUUUAACAACUAGUGAACUUGUUGAUUAUAAUUGGAAUAAUGAUGAUUAUUCUUAUACAAAUUCAGAGUUUUGCAGCUUCUUCACUGAAGGUGAUCAUGUUUGUGUUAGUAAACCUAAUUAUACUGAAUGUGGAACUUAUCCAUUUUGUGUUUUUAAAUACCCUGAAUAUUUCUGUGACACAUAUACAUUAGAUGCUGAUUAUAUUACUUGUGAAGAAAUUUGCCACAUGUAUGAUAUAACAAUGGAAGAAUUCAAAGAAUGGAAUAGACAUAAUGCUUUAAGUUUAAGAUGUUGGGAUCCAGAAUGGAUGCUUGAAGACGAACAAUAUUGUGUUUCAAAACCUAAUAUUUCCGAUUUUAGUGAUUGUGUGAGUAUUGCUGAAGCUGAAGACAAUCAAGUUUAUGUUUCAUAUUAUGAAGAACUUGAAUCCUCAACUAUUGGACCAUUGUAUACACUGUCCUCUUCUAGAUCAACAAGAACCACAUCUACUUCAAGUCCUAGUUCAACAUAUACUGGUGAUUAUGAAAACUGUGGUGCUUUACCAUUAUCUGACUUCUGUGACACAGUUAUUUGGAGUUAUAAUGAUACAUGUUUUGAAUUUAUUGCAGAAUAUAAUUUGACUCUCAGUCAAUUGGUUUCCUAUAAUUGGUUGACGCGUGGUAAUUAUCUGGAUUUAUAUUACUGCAGUAUGUUCACUGAGGGUGAUGAAGUGUGUAUAACUGAUCCAGAUUUUAGUGAUUGUGGUGCUUAUCCUGCUUGUACAUUUGAAUAUCCUGAAUACUUCUGUGAGUACUAUACACUUGAUCGAGAUUAUGUCACUUGUCAAGAAAUUUGUGAAAUGUACAACAUUACUAUGGAAGAGUUCAAGACCUGGAACAAACAUAAUGACUUACCACUUAGAUGCUGGGAUCCAGAAUGGAUGCUUGAAGACGAACAAUAUUGUGUUUCGAAACCAAAUAUCACCGACUUUAGUGAUUGCGUGAGUAUUGCUGAAGCCGAAGAUAAUCAAGUUUAUGUCUCAUAUUUUGAAAAUUUCAAUUCUGAAACUGUUGGUCCAUUAAUAACUCUGACAUCAUCAAGAACUACAAUAACUACCUCUAGUUUUAGACCUAGUUCAACAUAUGAAUCUGAAUAUGAAAAUUGUGGAGAUUUACCAUUAUCUGAUUUGUGUGAAACUAUUUCUUGGAAUAAUGAUUCAACUUGUUCUGAAAUUGCUGAUGAAUACAACUUGACUGUUAGUCAACUCGUGGAUUAUAAUUGGAAUAGAGGUGGCUUACUGAAUGCUCAGUAUUGCAGUUACUUUACUGAAGGAGAUCAUGUUUGUGUCACUAAACCGGAUUAUAGUGAAUGUGGAGCCUAUCCAUAUUGUGUUUUUGAGUAUCCACAAUAUUUCUGUGAUUAUUAUACUCUUGAACAAGAUUAUAUUACAUGUGAGGAAAUUUGUGAAAUGUUUAAUAUUACCAUGGAAGAGUUCAAGACUUGGAAUAAACAUAAUGACUUGAUACUUAGAUGUUGGGAUGAUGAAUGGAUGCUUGAAGAUGAGACGUAUUGUGUUUCAAAACCAAAUAUUACUGACUUUAGUGAUUGUAUCAGUAUUGCUGUGGCUGAACAUAAUCCAUCAAAUGUUUUAUAUUAUGAAAGGUUUAAUAGCUCAUCAAUUGGUCCUUUGUACACGCUGACUGCUACAAGUUCUACCAGGUCGUCUACUAGAACAUCAACUAGAAGAAGUUCAACUAGGUCAUCCACAAGAACAAGAUCAACCAGGACUUCCACGAAAGAUGAUUAG